AUGAUUAAGUUCAUCUUACUUGGGUUGGUCUUUACGGCUGCCGCGCGCGCUGAUGACACAACGGAAUUAAAGAAUAAUAGGCAGAAGAAAUUUUUAUUUUACGAUGAAGGUGGCCGUAUGGUAAAUAUCUUCAGCAACCCGUAUCUCCAGAACUUCUUUCUCAAUGCUGGAAACUUGCCACUGUUUUGGAAUUUCCUAAAUCCAUUCUUCAAUUAUCUUCGGCCGAUAUCAAUCAGCGGGACCUCGGCGUGUUUCAUGAUCCCCGUCUCGGAGCAGGUGAUCCAGGACAUCUCCAACGACCCAGUCUACGAGAACAACCUCAUUCUCCCUCAGAAGCAGCCGGUCAUUGAACCCAAUGCCUUAUGCUCCGGGAAACGAGGGUCCUUCGCAUCUCCUAAAUCUUGCAGCAGUUUUCUCAACUGUUGGGAUGGGUGGGCCUUCGAGCAGCAGUGCCCAGAAGGCUUGAUGUUCUCUGGAGCUGGGUUCUGCGACUACUCUGAUAAUGUCGAUUGCAAAAACAGGUUGAAGCCUGUGCCGACGAAUCUCUGCCGCCAAGACUUCCAGACGUUCAGAAACAAGGCAAACUGUAAUGAGUUCUUCGUGUGCGUCGGCAAGCAGCCGGUGAAGUUCCAAUGUCCUGCCGACCUCGCCUAUAACGAGACACUCGGAGUAUGCGAUUACCGUAAUCAAGUUAACUGCGCGCCGACGCUGCCAGACGCGCCAUCCUUGCCCAAUGUUGAGACUGCACCAGCGCCAGCCCCACCAGCUUCGUCGACCAACACCCCUGCCCAACGCCCUACCUUCUACCCCACGGCACCCCCGUCAAAUCCACCCCCCGCCUCUCCAGAAAUCCCAUUACUUAAACCAGCACCUAAACCUUAUUUUGGAAGUGACUUCAUCUUCUCCAAUUCCAUUUUUAAGCAAGAAAGCUUGCUAGCCAGUCACAAGGCGACGUCGCGCGAAGAUGCUAUCAACCAACUACUAUCCACAAUUAAUAAAUAAUAGGUAUAUUUUCGGAAAGAAAUUAGGUGUUCGCUUCGUAUUAAGAUGCUGGUAAAAUGCUCCAUUAGUUUAAGUUCAAAGUACACUCCGA